AUGAGGACGAUAUUGCUUAUUACUUUCGUAUUAGUUGGAAUAAGUGACGGAACCUGGGUUUCGUUUGGAACGACGCCUGACGGUGCGACAGACUUUGAUCCUGACGACCCAAAACCAGAUCUUGAUAACGAACCACCGCCACCAUCUACUACCACGCCUACAACUACCACUACCACGCCUACAACUACCACUACCACGCCUACAACUACCACUACCACGCCUACAACUACCACUACCACGCCUACAACUACCACUACCACGCCUACAACUACCACUACCACGCCUACAACUACCACUACCACGCCUACAACUACCACUACCACGCCUACAACUACCACUACCACGCCUACAACUACCACUACCACGCCUACAACUACCACUACUACACCAACAACUACCCCAACUACACCGACAACUACCCCCACUACACCGACAUCUACCCCCACUACACCAACAACUACCCCCACUACACCAACAACUACCCCCACUACACCGACAACUACCACUACCAAGCCAUUAAGUACCACAAGUACAGUUAAACCUCCUCCUCCUUCGGACUGCGAUAUCGAGCUAGAUAAUGAAUGCUUGAAACCCAAACAACAUUUAUGGGAACUCCCAGAAACGAAGGAACUUCUUAUAUUCAAAAUACGUCUCCGGAAUGCACUGAUUUUGGAUAAACAAGCUAAACAGUUCCUCUUACAAAUACCCGGGAGCUCAAGCGAUGACGAGGCGGAUACUAAAUGUAAAUUUGACGCGUCCAAUGGGAGUGAAAGCAAUAAAUGUCCCUUUCAACAGAAGAAAUUACUUGGAUUUUGGAGAAGCUGGAAUGAGCUGUGUAUAGUGGUUUUCCCAAACUUACAGAACGUUACAUUCGUUCUCUGUGAAAGGAGACAGGUCACUAUUGACCUCAAAUCCUCAAAAGUCCUAGCGACCGGAUAUAAGGCUCCAUACGGGGUUGGAAUGACGACCAUGCAAAUUAGCAAUGCGGAAUGA